CAGCCAUGAGGGGGCACGGGGAGGAGGCGGCGGCGGCGCCGCUGCUGGAGGCGAAGGGGACGAGCCGAGGGUCGACGGUGGCGUCGGAGUGGUGGGCGGAGUGCAAGCUGCUGUGGCGGAUCGUGGGGCCGGCCAUCUUCCAGCGGGUGGCGCUCUACGGGAUCAACGUCGUCGCGCAGGCCUUCAUCGGCCACAUCGGCGACCUCGAGCUCGCCGCCUUCUCCAUCGCCUCCACCGUCGUCGCUGGAUUCAACUUCGGAUUCCUGCUGGGCAUGGCGAGCGCGCUGGAGACGCUGUGCGGACAAGCAUUCGGCGCCAAGAAGUACCACAUGCUGGGAAUAUACCUGCAGCGGUCGUGGGCCGUGCUCCUUAUCUUCGCCCUGGCGCUGACGCCGACAUACGUGUUCAUGGAGGACCUCCUGCUGCUGCUCGGGCAGACCCCGGAGCUCUCCCACCUUGCCGGCAAGAUGAGCCUCUGGCUGCUGCCACAGCACUUCGGCAUGGCGAUGCUGCUCCCGCUCACACGGUUCCUGCAGAGCCAGCUCAAGAACUGGGUGACCGCAGUCAGCGCGGGGGUAGCACUUGCCAUCCACAUCGUUGUCACCUACCUGCUCGUGCACCACUUCCAGCUCGGCUACAUCGGGGCCAUCGCUUCGGCCAACAUGGGGUGGUGGCUCGUCGUGCUGGGCCAGUUUUUCUACGUCAUCUGUGGCGGGUGCCCACUGUCGUGGAAGGGGUUUUCCAUGGAAGCCUUCGCGGACUUCUGGGACUUCAUCAAGCUCUCCACUGCCUCUGGCGUGAUGCUUUGCUUGGAGAACUGGUACUACAGGGUGCUGGUGUUGCUUACAGGGUACCUGCCAAAUGCUGAAAUCGCCGUGGAUGCGCUCUCCAUAUGCUUGACGAUUAAUGGAUGGGAGAUGAUGAUUCCUCUAGGAUUCUUGGCAGCAACUGGUGUGCGGGUGGCAAACGAGCUUGGCGCGGGUAGCGGCAAGGGUGCGCGCUUCUCAAUCAUCGUUUCCAUCACCACCUCCGUGGUUAUCGGCCUCGUCUUCUGGUGCCUCAUCCUCGUCUACAACGACCAGAUCGCACUCCUCUUCUCGUCGGGCAAGGCCGUGCUCGACGCAGUCCACAACCUCUCCUGGCUGCUCGCCUUCACUAUCCUCCUCAACAGCGUGCAACCCGUCCUUUCAGGGGUAGCUAUUGGGUCAGGAUGGCAAGCGCUGGUCGCCUACGUGAACAUCGGAUCCUACUACUUGGUUGGAGUUCCCAUCGGUAUCAUACUGGGUUGGCCCCUGGGUUUCGGAGUCCGGGGGAUUUGGUCUGGGUUGAUUGGUGGAACUGCUGUCCAGACGCUGGUAUUAGCCUAUCUGACCAUGAGAUGUGACUGGGAUGAAGAGGCAAACACAGCCAGUACACGAAUGAGGAAAUGGGCCAGCACAAAAUGAAGCUACUCAACAUUAUUUUUGAGGACACAAACGUGGUGGACAUUGAGCCCAGCAGAUGGCACAUCACUUCAUAAUAAUAAACAGAAAACGAAGAAUCAGCACUUAUGGUAGAAAAUUGAUCAGAACAGAUGAUGUGCAUUGCAACCGAAGAGUUUGGGAGAAAUUGUGGGCAGCUGUUUCACUGGGGAGCAGGCAGGCAGUUUCUGAACCUACCUGCUUGUCAGUAAAACUUGAGCGCUGUCAGAAGAGCUCAAAUUAUUGUUUUGGAGGAACAGUAUAUGGUGUCCUGCUCAUUUGUAACCUUGAAACGCGCAUUUUGCAAGAAGGUUGCCGCACGUACGUACCAAGUUCCAUGUUGGUAGGGAAUUGCAGGACAGUAUACUGUAUAUAUAUAUAUAUUAUGUGGCUAACUAAAAGCUUGAGGAAAUGCCAAUCAUGAUCCGUCGCCCAUGUGGGCACUAAAUUAAGUU